GAUUAUAGAGAAGAAUAGUUGUGGAGGAGCUAUAAUGUUCAAACCUGGCAAAUUAGACAGCGGAGAUAUACUCAAAGUCGGAGUCAAACACGAUAUCGUUUCAAGGGUGCAAAUUGCAACCUUUUGAUUGGUCUCACUUCUCUCUGCCCAACCAAAACAACAUUUGGUGAUAUAAAGAAAGUAAAGAAGCUAAGUUUUUUUUUCUUUUUUUUUUGAAAAAUAAAGAAGCUAAGUUUGUACACACAAAUCUUCUUUCGUUUAUUUCUUCUAAUAAAGCAAAUGUAUCAAACGAGCUAUUACCGAUCACCUUUUGGAGAAACGACUUACACCAAAGUGUUCGUUGGAGGAUUAGCAUGGGAAACUCCCACCGAAGAAAUGCGUCGUUACUUUGAUCAGUUCGGAGAGAUUCUUGAAGCCGUCAUCUUAACUGAUAAGAACACCGGCAAAUCUAAAGGCUACGGUUUCGUGACGUUCCAGGAGGCUGAUUCUGCCACCAUAGCCGUGGCAGAUCCUAAUCCAUUGAUCGACGGGAGAAAAGCCAAUUGUAAUAUUGCUUCUUUUGGACGGCCUCGACCAUCUCCACCUAGAGGGCAAACAAGAAGUCCGAGUCAGUACCAAAGUGAAGGACCAUCAGCCUAUACGAGGAUGGCUGCACCGCUGCCACCGGCUGCAGCUGCCCACCAGCUCAUGUAUCCUUCCUAUGGGUACACCUAUAACCCUGAUCAAUACCACCCAGCACUGUACAACAUACAGUUGCAACAAGCACAGUACUAUUAUCAACAGCAGCAACAACUAUAUGGAGGAGGAGCAACAUCACCAUCUGCAGCAACCAUAAUGCCUUCUCCUUACUAUUACGACUAUUCUCUUCAAACUCCUAGAGUGCCAUACCAACACCAUCAUCCUCAUCUUCCUCAACCGCACAACCCUCAACAACAACAGCAUCAACGGUUUACUUCUCCUUCUUUCCUCGUUUACCCAUCCAGUUCAUCUUUUUCACCUCCUCUCCAAGGAUUACUUUCUUCUUCCGAAGAAUCUGAAGCAGCCCAACAAGUGUCAGCAGAAGUUGAAGCAACAACUGCACCUGAAAGUACAUCCAGCAACAACAGAAAACCAACUUCUUCUUGAUCUUUUUCAUUUUCCCAAUUUUUACAAUCUUCACAUUUGUCUCUCUUAAGAGAUUCAAAAAAGAAAGGAAAAGGAAAGAGCUAAUUCAUUUAUUUCUCCAGAGAUAUGACUUGAGCGCCAAGAAAACCACCCAAGACUGCCAAAAGUGUCUUUAUAACUCUUGUCAUAGGUUUUCUCUGUUUUUUUUCCUUCUGACGGAAUCUAUAUGAAAAUCCAGAGUUCUUCAAAUUCUUCUUAUUCGUUAUUUUUAUUCUAAUAAUUUCAACUUUAUGAUAUAUGAUUCGUACUCCU